UGACAAACAAAAUAGCCUUCCCACAAAAUUGUGUAGGCAUUUUGUUUUUGUUUUUUGUGUACAAGUCUCCCUGAAAUUUGCCGAGACAAAGUGAGGAGAAAGGCAAUGGACGUGCAAGCAUCUAUCUACCUUUUCUUUUCUUUUCUUUCUUUCCGUUCAUUUUACUCUGUUUGUACAAUUUUAUCCAAGGAUACAAGAACGUCAAACGUGUGUGCAUUGGCAGAGCGAGAAGGGGAGGUGAAUCGAAAAUGUCGAAGCAAUUCAAGCUCAAUCUCACCUCACACCCAAAUUUCUGCCCGUCAACGGCAAUCCACUUCUCUCUACCCCCCUCUCUUCUUUCUUCUUGCUUUCGUCUCCCUGCACCUUUGUCCUGUUGCCUCUCCUCCUCAACAACCCUUCCGAGGCACACCUCAGAAGGACAAUUUUUAAAAACAAAAUACAAACUUUACAUUUACGCAGGGGUUGUUAUUUUUAUAUUGUACGAACGAAGAAGGAAUUAUCAUGUUUCGUUUCUUUUCUGCAGAUUAAAUUAGUUAUUUAUUCGUUGUUUAAAACAUAUACACAGAGAGGGGGUUGUAGCUGUGUGUAUAUUUUCCGUAUAUCAGAUUUCUUUGAUUGAAGGAGGCUCAGAAUGGCCGCGAUUGAUGUGAGGUUAUUGAUUGUGGCUGUCCUAGUGAUGGUGGCGGAUGGGAAUUUGGUGUUCAAGGUGAAGCAUAAGUACGGUGGGCGUGCCAGCUCCGUAUUGACAGAGCUUAAGACUCAUGAUUCCCGUCGCCAUGGACGAAUGCUGUCUUCCGUUGACUUCCAAUUGGGCGGAAAUGGCCAGCCCACUGAUGCCGCGCUGUACUAUACAAAGCUUUCAAUUGGGACUCCUUCACAUGACUAUCAUGUCCAGGUUGAUACUGGAAGUGACAUCCUGUGGGUGAAUUGUGCUGGCUGUGACAAGUGUCCUAAAAAGAGCAACCUUGGGAUAGAGUUGAAGCUUUAUGAUGUAAAGGCCUCUUCGACAGCACAGGCUGUUACUUGUGACCAACAGCUUUGCACAACUAUGUUCAAUGCCCCAUAUACUGAUUGCAAGGUUGGAAUGUCUUGUGAAUAUCAAGUUACUUAUGGGGAUGGAAGUGCCACUGCAGGAUACUUUAUUCGAGAUGAUGUUCAUUUUGAUCAAAUAACCGGAAACCUUCAAACCUCAUCCAUGAAUGGGCCAAUAGGAUUUGGGUGCUCAGCCAAACAGUCUGGAGAGCUAGGUACAUCUACAGCAGCAGUUGACGGGAUAAUUGGGUUUGGACAAGCAAACUCAUCCGUCAUUUCACAGCUAGCGGCAUCUGGGAAGGUGAAAAAGAUAUUCUCACAUUGCUUGGAUAAUAAAAAUGGGGGUGGCAUCUUUGCUAUUGGACAAAUAGUUGAACCCAAAGUAAAUUCAACACCACUUGUUCAAAAUGAGCCACACUAUAAUGUCGUCAUGGAACAAAUGGAGGUGGGUGGUGAUGUUCUAGACAUUAGGACAUCUUUCUUUGACUCCGGAGUUAGAGAUAUGAUAAUUGAUAGUGGUACGACGUUGGCUUAUCUUCCAGAUUCAAUCUUUAAGCCUCUCAUGAACAAGUUGAUGGAAAAACAAAGUGAUCUGAACAUUCAUACAGUUGAAGGGUUCAAAUGCAUCAACUACAAUCGGAAUGUUGAUGAUGGGUUCCCUGUUGUUACUUUCACUUUCAAGGGUUCACUUAAGUUGACAGUUUAUCCACAUGAUUACCUUUUCCCAGUUCACGGAAAUGGAUUCUGAACCCUUAAGUUGACAGUUUAUCCACAUGAUUACCUUUUCCCAGUUCACGAUAAUGAAUAUUGUAUCGGCUGGCAAAGCAGUGGAAUGCAGACAAGAGAUGGGAAGGAAAUGACCCUUUUGGGAGAUCUUGUACUUUCUGGCAAGUUAGUUGUAUAUGAUCUUGAGAACCAGACUAUUGGCAUGACUGAAUAUAACUGUUCGUCAAGCAUCAAAGUGAAAGAGGAAAGCUCUGGAAAUGCAUAUAGUGUGGGUGCCCAUGAUAUUUCAGUUAGUAAUUCUGGCCGGAUGAACACUGGAAAUUCCUAUAUACUCUUUCUCUUAAUAUCCUUCUUGUGCAGUUUCAUCAACUAAGAUGUCACAGACCACCACACUAUUCACAAGUAUCCGUACGAUGAUGAUAUGUAUGUAAAUAAUACACACAUUGAGGUGCAGUAAGAGUGAAGUGUGUUAUGUUCUCCGGUGUGCUUUAUUAUAUACGGUACUCAACAAGGGGAAAUCAAAGUUUUGUGAAAUGUGUUUAGUUAAUGGCUGCUACAAACUAUAUACGUAGGAAUAACAUACACAUUCUUUCUCUCUGCCUCUGUUUUGGCCAAAUUCUUGUGUGAUAUAUUAAUCCCGUGAUUAAAAAAAUAUGUCAAAUUAUCCUGUGCUAUAAUU